AUGAACGAACCAAAGUAUUUGCGACCCAUGCCAACGGUUGGUUACUGGGCAGAGCGCCAGCUUAUGGCUCAACGAAAGAGCAAUUCAAGCAGGAGUUUUUUCAGAUGGCGGAAUCACUCGACGACAAAGUCUGCCAGUGAAUCUGACGUACGAGACCUGUCGCUUGGAUCUCCUUUGGCAUCGCUGUCGGCCCCCCCUAACUUCCAUGGCUUUGAGCCGCCGCAGCAAAGACCACCUUCUAGUCCCUUUGUAUCCGAGUCGGCACAUGUAUUCUCACUACAGCAUCCCAGUACCAACCUCUUCUCAGAUAAUACUCAAGACUUCAGCUCGGUCUCCCAAAGCGUGGACAGGGAUAGUACGGACUCGAUCUCACCGAUGCAUAAUUGGGUGCCAUCACGAAAAACAGACACUCCGCCUUCUACGCCACGUAGCUCCGGUAGUCUCUACGGAAAGGCAAAGAAAAGUAUCGGGUCCAAGCUGAAAUUCAGAAUCCGCAAAGAGGCAACGCCAUACUCAGCAAUGCCCGAGCACGAACACCAGUGUUCAACGGUGGGUGAUACUAGGAACUACACCACUAUGCAUCAAAUCACCAAAACAGGGUCCUAUUUCAAGGAUGAUGUAUCGAGAAUCAAACUCCGCCGAAGGUUCUUUGGCCGACCACCAUGGGGUCGCAAGGAGUCAGGGGAUUCUUACAGCAGCGUGACUAGCUCUGUGAGAGAGAUACUCAAAGGUGAGACUCCUCCUCCAUCUCUAGGCUCAAGCUCUGCAUCUUUACGAGUCAACUGUGUUGAUAGUCCAUAUCCAGGAGGGGAAGCAAGACGCAUCAAAACACCUCCACUGACUGACGGUGCUGUGAAUUGUCGGCCACGUUCGUUCUUUACAGAGACAAUCACUUCCACAGACCUAGACGAAGUGGAUAUACAUGGCUCCUCUUCAAGGAGGCACUCUCUACAAAUAGUGUGCCACAAGAGUUAUAGUCCUGAUUCCGCCGAGUGGCGGGAAAAGAUCCCCAAACAACCCGUUCGAAGAAGCCCCCACGAGGGCCCGGCCCCUUUUGAAUUUCAACUCCCGGAACAUCUGCCAAGCAGUCCAAUGUGUCCGGCGAACGAGAAACAUGUCGGCGGCGGAAAGGGUGUCUGCGUUUACCAUGGGCGCAGAAAAGGAGCGUCAAAAAUGAAGGGUUGA